AUGGCGCCCCUCGUCGAAAAUUCGCAGAUUAAGCAUGCGCAGCUGCUGAAUCCGCUCUCCUUUCACUUUCGCACUUACAUCUGGCCGUUCGCCAUCGUCUGGCCCGUCUUCCUCCGAUAUUUUCUCACCCCUGACCUCUACGAGAAGCACAUCGGCGCCCCCGAGUGGACGUUUGUCUGGGUCGGCUCCAUCAUCACGGUUCAGUCCUUGGUUUGGUUGAGCACGCAUUGGAGCGUCAACCUCGACGCUAUCUUCACUGCGCAGUCUGCCAAGUCUGUUGAAGAUGCUCAGCUCAUCAAGGUCAUCCCCAUCGCCAACGCCGGCUCAGCCGAAAUCUGCAAGCUGGUUCGCGACAAGGCCGGUGGAAAGACCAACAUCUCGUUCCUGUUCCAGAAGCGCCGCUUCCUGUACAAUCCUGAAACCAAGUCUUUCGAUACACUAAAGUAUGCCAUCGACUCCGAGCCCCAGCCUCUUAUCCGCGACUUCCAGUCAUCGCGCGGUAUCACCAACAAGUCCGAGCUGUCGCGCAUGGAGCAUCAUUAUGGCUCCAACACUUUCGAUAUCCCCGUCCCGACCUUCACUGAGCUGUUCAAGGAGCACGCCGUUGCGCCCUUCUUUGUCUUCCAGAUUUUCUGUGUUGGUCUAUGGAUGCUUGACGACUACUGGUACUACUCGCUCUUUACGCUGUUCAUGCUCGUCGCUUUCGAAAGCACCGUUGUUUGGCAGCGUCAGCGCACCUUGACCGAGUUUCGAGGAAUGAGCAUCAAGCCCUACGAUGUGUGGGUGUAUCGUCUUGGCACCUGGACCGAGGUUCAGAGCGAUGCUCUCCUUCCCGGCGACCUUGUUUCCGUAACCCGUACCAAGGAUGACAGUGGUGUUGCCUGUGACAUGAUUCUUGUCGAGGGCACUGCUAUUGUGAACGAGGCUAUGCUUUCGGGCGAGAGUACCCCCCUUCUCAAAGAUUCGAUCCAGCUCCGCCCCGCCGAAGCGACUCUUGAUGCCGACGGUCUUGACAAGAAUGCUUUCCUUUGGGGCGGCACCAAGGUCCUCCAAGUUACUCACGGCACUGCCGACCAAGAAAAGCCCGUCCUCUCCUCGGGAGUUCCUACACCUCCUGACAAUGGUGCCAUGGCCAUUGUGACCAAGACUGGCUUCGAGACUUCUCAGGGCAGCCUCGUCCGCACCAUGAUCUACUCUACUGAGCAUGUCUCCGCUAACAACGUUGAGGCUUUGCUUUUCAUUCUGUUCCUCCUGAUUUUCGCCAUUGCCGCGUCUUGGUAUGUCUGGGAUGAAGGUGUGCGCAAGGACCGCAAGCGCUCCAAGCUCCUUCUCGACUGUAUCUUGAUUGUGACCAGUGUCGUUCCCCCUGAGCUACCUAUGGAACUCAGUCUUGCCGUCAACACCAGUUUGGCUGCUUUGGCUAAACUAGCCAUCUUCUGCACUGAACCCUUCCGCAUUCCUUACGCCGGCCGCGUCGAUGUGGCUUGCUUUGACAAGACUGGAACUUUGACUGGCGAGGACCUCGUCGUUGAGGGCAUUGCUGGACUUGGCUUGAACCACUCUGAUGUCGAGGAUACAAAGGAAUCUGACGGCGCCCACUCUACCAUUAUUUCCGUCAAAGGAGCAAGCCUGGAAACACAGUUGGUCCUGGCCACUGCCCAUGCCCUGGUUAAGCUCGAUGAAGGUGACAUUGUCGGAGACCCGAUGGAAAAGGCCACCCUCGCUUCGCUGGGCUGGACUCUGGGACGCAAGGAUAUUCUCUCGAGCACGGGUAAGGCUGGGAGCACUGUUGGCAACGUCCAGAUCAAGCGUCGCUUCCAGUUCUCCUCUGCCCUGAAGCGCCAAAGUUCCAUCGCCAUGGUUAACGGUACCAAUGCCAAGACCGGUCAAAAGCUCAAGGGCACCUUCGCCGGCGUGAAGGGAGCCCCCGAGACCAUCAUGAAGAUGUUGGUUGACGUCCCUGCUGAUUAUGAAGAGACCUACAAGUACUUCACUCGCAAAGGUUCACGUGUUCUUGCUCUUGCUUACAAGCAGCUGACUGUCGAUUCUGAGCUCGGUGCUGCCAAGAUCAAUGACCUCAAACGCGAGAAUGUUGAAGCUGAAUUGACGUUUGCCGGUUUCUUGAUCCUCCACUGCCCUCUCAAAGAGGAUGCCAAGGAGGCGGUCCAGAUGCUGAACGAGAGCAGCCACCGUGUUGUCAUGAUUACUGGUGACAAUCCUCUUACCGCCGUACACGUCGCCCGCGAAGUCGAGAUUGUCGACCGCGAUGUUCUCAUCUUGGACGCCCCUGAGGAUGAUAAGGGAGCUGCGCACCUCGUCUGGCGUAGCGUUGAUGACCGCAUUAUCAUCUCUGUUGACCCCACCAAGCCGAUCGAUCCUAAGAUUAUCAAGGGCAACGACCUUUGUGUGACUGGAUAUGCCCUCGCCAAGCUCCAGGGCCAGCCCGGAUGGGACACUCUCAUUCGUCACGCUUGGGUGUACGCUCGCGUCUCGCCCAAGCAGAAGGAAGAUAUCCUGCUCAGCCUCAAAGACAUGGGAUACUACACUCUGAUGGCCGGCGACGGUACCAAUGAUGUUGGUGCCCUCAAGCAGGCUCACAUUGGUGUCGCGCUUCUGAAUGGUACAAAGGAUGACUUGACCCGCAUCGCGGAUCAUGCUCGCAACACUAGACUCAAGGACAUGUACCAGAAGCAGUGUGACCUGAUGAAGCGUUUCAACCAGCCUCAGCCGCCUGCCCCUGUCCUCAUUGCCCAUCUGUACCCUCCCGGACCUGCCAACCCUCACUACCAGAAGGCUGUUGAGCGCGAAGCCGAAAAGAAGGGCAUCUCUGUUGAGGAAUAUGUCAAGGCCGCCGGUCACCCCCUCGAGACCAUCACCUCGCCUGCCGCCCAGCAGCUGAUCAACUCCAACGACCCUCGUGCCGCUCGCCAAGCCGCUGCCCAAGCCAAGGCCGCGAGCCUCGCCGACAAGCUCUCUUCUGGAAUGAUGGAAGCCGAACUCGGCGACGACGAGCCUCCCACCCUGAAGCUGGGAGACGCCUCUGUGGCGGCUCCCUUCACGUCCAAGCUCCGUGACGUCAUCGCCAUCCCCAACAUUAUCCGCCAGGGUCGCUGCACACUGGUUGCCACCAUUCAGAUGUACAAGAUCCUUGCGCUCAACUGCCUCAUUUCCGCCUACUCCCUGUCCGUCCUGUACCUCGAGGGAAUCAAGUUCGGUGACACGCAGUACACUAUCAGUGGCAUGCUCAUGUCCGUGUGCUUCCUCAGCAUCUCGCGCGCCAAGGUCGUCGAGGGCCUGAGCAAGGAGCGUCCGCAACCCAACAUCUUCAACAUCUACAUCAUCGGCUCCAUCCUUGGCCAGUUCGCCGUGCACAUUGUCACGCUCAUCUACGUCGCGCGCCUCUGCGAGCGUCUUGAGCCGCGCUCCAACGACGUCGACCUCGAGGCCGAGUUCGAGCCGUCGCUGCUCAACUCGGCCAUCUACCUGCUGCAGCUCGUGCAGCAGGUCUCCACUUUCGCCAUCAACUACCAGGGCCGCCCCUUCCGCGAGGCCCUCACCGAGAACAAGGCCAUGUUCUACGGCAUCGUCGGCGUCUCCGGCCUCGCCUUUGUCUGCGCCACGGAGCUCAUCCCCGAGAUCAACGAGGGCAUCAAGCUCGUCCCCUUCACCGAUGAGUUCAAACUCAACAUGACCGUCGUCAUGGCCCUUGAUUUCGUCGUCUGCUGGGUCAUCGAGGUCGUCCUCAAGUCCCUGUUCAGCGACUACCGUCCGCGCGACAUCGCCGAGCGCCGCCCCGAGCAGCUCGCCCGCGAGGCCGCCCGCAAGAAGGUCGUCGCGGACAAGAAGGCGGUCGAGGAGGAGCAGAAGCGGCUCGAAAAGGUGGCCGAGUUUGAGCGCAAGGUCGAGGAGCGCAAGAGGCAGCUGCAGGAGUGGCGCGCCGGCCGCCAGCGUCAGUGA